AUGGGAAGAGUGAUGUUCUGGUUUCUUGUUUCCAUGUAUCUAUGCCUCAUUGGCCAUAUGAUUGGUGAGGCUGCAAGAGAAGGUGCCAUGAUGAGUGAAUCAAAAUCCAGUGAGAUGGGAAAGAGUAACCGCCACGUAACCAGGUUUAAGGGUGAACUCACAGCUGGCGGCUAUGGGGGAGGCGAUCCAGGGUAUGGUGGAUACGGUCCAGGUGGUGGCAGUGGUGGUGGUGUUGUGAUCGGUGGUGGAUUUGGUGGUGGUGGUGGUGUGGGUUGGGAUGGAGGAAACAGAGGAGGCGGUCCGGGAUACGGGUCAGGAGGUAUUGGUGGUGGAGUCAUCAUUGGCGGUGGGGGUGGUGGUGGUGGUGGAUGUGGCGGUUCAUGCGGUGGUGGUGGUGGACCUGGUGGUGGAUAUGGACACCUUAAAGCCAGCAUGAUGGAAUCAGGCAAAAACUAG